AUGCGUGGCCCCAGGUGCGAGGCGCGGAUCGUGGCAAGCCGCAAGAUGCACACGCGCACGGGCAUUGCGUUUGCUUUCCUGGUUACCGCGUGCACCGUGGGCUCUCCUCUCGACCCGCAAGUGGCCACACAAGGUCGCUCUGACCUGGCGGCCAAGGUCAGUACCUGGGCCAAGGCCGAAGUCGGAGUCACCGCAAAAUCAAAGCUUGACAAGCACGAUUGCCCGUCCUGUGACAUGGCCUUUCUGCGUCGCGUGGAGGAGAAGCAGGGAGAGGCGCUGCUCGUAGAGGCAGUGAAAAGACAUAUCCUCAACAAACUGGGACUCCACGAGAGGCCGACCACCAUUCGUCCCAUUCCACGGCUGGCGAUGCUCGCUGCGGUGGACAAGUUGCACCACACGAAGAGGGGCAAGCGAGGCAACGGUGACCCCGAAGAGACUCAGCGCGGCCAUGAUUUCUCCGAGAUCAUAAGCUUUGCGAGCUUUGAUGGCUGGCACUCGGGCGCGCUGCAACUGCGCCUGGAUUUCCCCGCCGAGCAGCAGCUGCGCGUCGCGUGGUUGCGCAGCGCCGAGCUGUGGCUCCACGUGCACGCCGCGGAAGGGGGCCCGCGGCUUCCCGACGGCACGGCGGCGGCCGCCCUGCUGCGUGUCAGGGUCCGCUCGGCCGGCGCCCCCGCCGUCGAGGUGCAGCGGCGCGUCCUGGUCACCGCCAAGGACGCGUGGGUCGCCGUGCCGCUGCUCGACGCCGUGCGUGCCACCCUGCAGAGGGCGGACGGGGCGCUCGCUGUGAGCGUCGAGUGCGACGGGUGCAUUGCGCUGUCGGGUCGGGCCGCAAAAGGUCAAGGGGAGGCUGCCGCCGUCGCCUCCGCCGCUGCUGCUGUUGAUAGCGGCGGUGGCGGUGGUGGCGGCGGCGAGAAGAACGUGGACUUGGCGGAAUUCGGACCGCACGGGUGGCCCUUCCUCCUGCUGCGCAUGGCGUCAUCCCAGGGCGGGAGCCGCACGCGCAGGAGGAGCGUGGAGUGCGACGGCUCGUCCAGCCUGUGCUGCCUCCAGCGCUUCUACGUGGAGUUCCGGAAGAUAAACUGGGGCGACUGGAUCAUCCAGCCGGCGGGUUUCCAGAGCAACUACUGCCAGGGCGAGUGCAGGGGGGCGCAGGUCCUGAACGGCACCAGCUCGGCCUCCUCCCUGCGCAGCGUGAUCAUCAACCAGUACAACCUGCGCGGCCUGGGGCCCGUGGCCGCUAAGACCACCUGCUGCGUUCCCGUCCGCUUCAGCUCGGUGUCCAUGCUCUACUACGACGAUAAGAACAACAUCCAGAAGAAGGACGUGCCAGACAUGGUGGCGGAGGAGUGCGGCUGCAUCUGAGAGGAUAAAAACAACCUCACGGCGCGACGAGAGGUUGUUGUGGACUUGGCGGAAUGCGGCGUCGAGCAGCGGCACGGCGACAUACGUGUAAAGCUUUGUUCGGGAGGAAAAAGAAUCGUAAUAAUUUAAAGUAAUUCCUCAAAUACAGGGUGAUCAGAUUUGCAGAUGCCCAGCUAUAGUGAUAGGGAACAUUUACGGACAAACAUUUAUUUUCAAAGGACCCACUUCUCUCCCACCAAUCUCAAGUCGCUCAUUAAACCGUUUUCGUAUGCAUUUUUAUAUUUAUAGGUAGAGAUCCAUUCGGCACCCUCCAAAACACCCCAGAUACAAAUGUCUCUCGGGCUAGGUUCAGAAGAGAAAAAGUGACGAAAAUAUGGGAGCCCAAAAUAUUUAUUUUUGGCUUUUGAUGUCACAAAACGAAAUAAUGCAACACGUUUUGGAUCUUGGCUCAAAAACAAACAAUUGAAAUGUUAAUGCUCAAUUAUUGCAGAGGUAAAACAUGUACAGUUUUU